AUGCAUCGAACAUAUUCUAUGCGCCAGACUCGGGCGCCAACUGCCUCGCAGAUUCAGAACCCCCCUCCCCCGCCAUCGUCUACUAAGUCGGGUAGAUUAUUCGGAAGAGGCGGAUUUGGACAUGCGCUUCGUCGAAAUGCCGCCGGCGCUUUCGGGCCUGACCUAGCCAAGAAGUUAACCCAACUUGUCAAAAUGGAAAAGAACGUGAUGAGGAGCCUGGAGCUUGUCGCAAAGGAGCGCAUGGAGGUUGCUCAACAACUCUCACUCUGGGGUGAAGCUGGCGACGAAGACGUCUCUGACGUCACCGACAAGCUUGGUGUACUCAUCUAUGAAAUUGGCGAACUUGAGGACCAGUACGUCGAUCGAUAUGACCAGUAUCGCGUAACCAUGAAGAGCAUUAGAAAUAUCGAGGCAUCAGUGCAGCCUAGCCGAGACCGAAAGCAGAAGAUUGCCGAUCAAAUCGCCCAGCUUAAAUACAAAGAGCCCAACUCACCCAAAAUCGUUGUUCUUGAGCAGGAACUUGUUCGCGCCGAAGCUGAAUCGCUUGUGGCUGAGGCUCAGCUAUCUAACAUUACUCGUGAGAAACUAAAGGCGGCAUACACCUACCAGUUCGACGCCCUGCAAGAGCACUGUGAGAAAGUCGCAAUCAUCGCCGGCUAUGGCAAGCACCUCCUUGAGCUCAUCGACGAUACGCCCGUAACCCCUGGCGAGACCCGAGCUGCCUACGAUGGCUACGAGGCCAGCAAGGCCAUCAUUCAGGACUGCGAAGAUGCACUAACUAACUGGGUGUCAUCGAACGCAGCCGUGAACCCAAAGCUAUCCACACGCGCCCGUACGCUCUCCAUGCGCCGCCGAAACAACAUCAAAGCUAGAUCAGAAGGCUUGGAUCUGUCCGCUCAGGACGCCCCUCUUAACGACCGCGAGUCCUGGGUUGCAGCUGGAGAGCACCGGAACCACGAGUAUGAGGAGGAAGAGGAACAGGAGGACGAUCAGGCCCAUUCCAUACUGGAUUCUGACAGUGGCUUGAACGGCGAGCAGCACCGAGGCCGCGCCCCUGAGAUGGCUGCCUAG